CUUGCAGGAGCCUCGUGCUUCUGCUACAGCAAUUCAGAGAGCGUCAUGGCAGAGGAGUACAAAUCCCGAUUCCAGGCGGCUCUUCAGGAGCUCAACUAUGGCCAGAGAUGCCAUAAGUUGUCUCAGCUUGGCAAGGAAAUUAAGGCCGCCAAGCCGGGAAAUGUUCAGGCCAUCGUCGAUGGUCUACUGCCUGAGAUCGACAACGAAACCGCUGGCGUGGCAGAGGCAUUCUCGGAGAAAGCGCGCCUUAUCGUUGCUAAAGCAGCCGGAUGCAAAGGCUAUGCCAAGAAGUUGCUGGACGCCCCAUCGAAGACAGUGGGCUACUCCGCGGCCACCAAUGGCCUUCUCACAGCGGAAGAUGCCAGGGAAGCGUUUCUGUCCAGUGAUACUAGCCGCAAGAUGAAGAAGUUCCUCUUGCAAUGCGACGCCUUGGAAUCCGACAAGGAGGUCUUAGAACAUGCCUUCGAGCUUUUUGGCGAAAAGGACAAGGAAAUGUUUUGGCCCUUGCUGGCCAGAACCAAGUCUGAGGAGUUACUGGCCAAGUAUCUGGAUGAAGAUCAGCCCAUGCGGUCCUGGCUGAGUUCCAAGCACGAUGAGAAGGUGCCCGGCUUUCCGCAGAUGGCUCGACGUUUCCCUGACCUCAUGGUGAAGCUGGUGACCAAUGGAACUCUGAAGUGGCGCUGGUACUGGGUCACCGAAAUCUUGGAACAGGACCCAAUGCCUGUGAUGAGAGCCACUUUCAUCGAGAAACACAGCCAAGGCUCAGGGCCGAAGGUUGGCUACAGCCCGGUGAACAGAAACCAGAACUUCCACGAUACCUUGGCUCAUUGGGGCUGGCGCCGCAAGCCCGAUCUCAUGCUGCAAAUUAUCGAGGAACUGACCACUGGGCAGACGUCAGGUGCUGAGGGCCAGUUUCGCAGCAAGGGCCGUGGCAAGGGCAUGGUGCUGAUGAAGGGCGGCCGUGGUCGCGGAGGUGCACGGCCAGGCGGCCGACCUGAAGAUCUACCAGGGCUGAAUGAGAUCAAUCUAUUGGCGAACAAGGUGAUGGAUGUGCAUUCCACCCGUUACCCCUUGACCAUGAACAAGAAGAUCGCUUUAGUCAUGAAGAUUUGGUCGACCUUGCCUCAGAGCCACAAGAAACAGGAAGUCGCAGAGAGGUUUGGAAACAUUUUCCCCUUCUUCGACACUGAGGAUCAUCGCAAGACCGAGAUACAGAAUCUCAUCAACGCUUUCUGGCAGAUUCUGGAAGACGUAGGUCGUACGGAUCGCCAGCUGCUAUUGGUGGGUGUCAUGCACGCCACUGGCACACCGGGCGUCACGAAGCCGCAGGGUUGCAUGGAGUUCUUGAAGAAAUUCACCAGGCGCCUUCCACCUCCUUUGGCUGUGGAGCACUUUUUCAAAGUCUUGCAAGAGUUCGAGGCUGGGACGGAAGCCUACAAGUUCGUUCAGAGCGACAUUUGCAAGUCGAGCAAUGGACGUCAUGACGAGUUGAUGAAGAGCGUUUUCCAGAAGUAUUUGCUGAAGGAAGAUGAGGGACCAGUGAAGGCGGCCGAGAUGUUCAAAGUGCUGCUGAACGACGCACGGAGCCGCGACGUGAUCCAGACGUCCUUUGAUAUCCUGACCGAACACUUGGAAGGGCAUACAGAGCUUGGACUUCUGCAGACGGUGGUUCAGAGGAUGGGUACCUUGGACAAGGAGAGCCGGCAGAAAGGCACCGUGCAAACCACUCCGGAGGAGACCCUGCCAGUGCCUAUCGAGUGGCUGAAGUUCGUGGAAUUGCCCGAAGAAGUGUUGCCUCAUGUGCACUUCUUGCUCAUGGUGUUACACACGGGGCUGGGAGAAAAUGACUUGCUUGGAUCAAUGAUCGCCAAGUUUGGAAAGGCAUUUUUCUGGGAUUGCUUCGGGCAUGUCUUGGUGGCUGUGCAGGGAAAACUUCGCCCCGAUACCGCGACACCACCGGCACUUCAAUUUCUCUCGGGUUUGAAUGUGAAGGUGAUGCAGGAGGCCGAUGCCAAGCUGAAGGAAAAACCGACGACAGGAGGCGGCCGUCGCCCUUCCAAGAAGGGCGCCUUUGGGGUGGGCUCCGUGAUCUUCGGAGUGGAUGGAUCGAAAUGGGGCUCAGUGGUCGCGGACGAAGGAACCGUGUGGAAGUUGGAUUCGGGUCGCAUCGCCAAGAAGCAGACGGAGGGCGACAAAUGGACCUGGGCAGGCGGUGCUACCACCAAGGGCGAUGAAGGUGCCUGCAAGUAUUUCCAGAGCGUUGCAGACAUGAAGAAGAAAGCCAACGUCAAGGACAUCAGUGCCCGAUUGACAGGCUAUUCUGAUCUCAUGAUACUGGCCAGCAAGGAGAAGGAUUCCGGAAAAGCCUUCGAAGAUUUGUUGCCGUUCCUCUUGUCUCGUUUCAAUGCGGAACAGGAGCAGGGCCGAAGCCACAUCUUGGCCGAGCUCUUUGCCAACAAGAAGUUGCCAGAUGACCUUUGGGAGGAGAAGCUGGAACAUUUGCGGAACUUCUGGAAGGUGAGUAGCAAAGCAAGAGAAAGUGCCAGUUAUCAGUGCAGUUGGAACAAGUGCGGCCGUCAUCUGGUGGAAAAAGCCCUUCAGAACUGGGGAAAGCCCGUGAAGGACGGAGAGGUGGCGCCGGAGUAUCCCACCGAGGCCUGUCUCUUCGGCCUCGAAGUGGCUGAGAAGGCCAUCGACCUGCCCGAGCUGCUGGUGAAAUGCCACCACAAGAUCGAAACUCUGAAGGACUUGGAGAAUGCCACGAGGUGGGCGCUGGAGACCGCCGUGCCGCUGAGCACGGAGCUCUCCUCGUCGCCGCUGGAGGAUUUCUGGAAAGCGCUGAGGACCAUGUGCACCAUCAAGUUCUGUGGCAAAGACCCAAAUGCCAUCACUUCGUGGAGAACGGAAGUCAAAGAAGUGAAGGUCUACAAGGAGAAAUCAAGUUCUUCUGAAGAGAUUGGCAGCAAGAAAGCAGGCUCGGUGAUGCGAGGCAUUCAGCGAGGCAAUUGGUUGGAACUCAUCGAGGGCCAAGGCUUUAUGCUCAUUUGCUCCGAACGAACAGGAUUGAACAACAUGAAACAAGACUCCGGCAACACGGGCGAGAGAGGCCUGUGGGAAACGUAUCCUUUCGUCAGCGAAUGGUGGCGCAAGCUUCUUUCGCAGGGCGUUCGUCAAAAGGCGAUCGACUUUGUCUUCGUUGGUGUGUUGACCUUGCUCACAGACCGGCAGCAGCAUUACAUCGCCGGUGACAAGAAGUUGUCCCAGCGAUGGUGGGAACCUCUGGAGUGUCAGGAGUACAAGGAUGCUGUAAGCCACAUCUUGGAGAGCAUCGAAUCGGGCGUCAUUCCGGAGAAAGAAGGCUCCGCCAUGAUCAAGAGGCGCAUUCUGGCCUUGAAGAACAUCAAUAUCAUGACGGACCUCAAGUGGAAGGUGCUGGCCACCAAGCGCCGCGAGCGCGUGGAGGAUCGCUUGGCCAUCGAAAAGUCCAAUGGCUUGGCCAUUUCGGAGAUGCCUUUUGUGAACUUGCCUGCCACCAAAUGGGUCGAUGGAGAAUCCUGGGACAUCCAGAAGCAUCACAAGUACACCCCAUUACCCUGGCAGACGGGCCGUUGCAAAGAUCACAUAGCAACGAAAGAACUGGAAACCAUCGCCAAGUUGUUGCAGCGACCCAGCAGGCGCCAAGUCUUGUGGCAGAUCGCAGAGAUCGCAGCCAUCCUCUCCGGUCCCAAGAUGAUUGAGCUUCUGGAGGCGGGCAUUGCAACCUUAGAUGCGCGUUUCGAGGGAAUGGCCAGGACGGUCGGAAGACAUUACCCAUACUUGAACUCUGUUCUGACCAAGAACGAGACGCAGAAGGGCAGCUGCGACAUUUUGACGCCGUUGCUGGAGCUGUUGCUGUUGGACGAUCCCAGUAGAGACGAGUGUGUCGCCAAACUGAUGAAGAGAGACGACUGCGAGUUUUUCCUCCUCUUCGGCACCAGUUUCGGGCGUCAUUUGAGUACCUUGCGGCAGGAAUGGCUUCACAAGUGCUUGUGCAAGUUGAAGGCGCCAGGGGUCGACACGGAAUUCUAUCACUACCACAAGCGCGGACCGAUGCUGAGCCAAAUCGCACGCUACGGGAAAGGCGACCCUGGAUGGCGAGAUGCUCUGCAAAACGCCAAAGGAGCGGUGCAGAUGUACUUGUGGCACCCAACGACGCAGACGGAAUUCCUGCAGAAGGCUUUGUGGUCCACCGAGCCUGAAGAGCUGACCCUGAUCCCACGCCUGGAGUUUGCGGAUGGCGUCUCGAGGGUCAGCGAGUUGUUGAGCAUCUACCCGAAGGAACAAACCACCAAGGACAACAGCUCGGACGUUUGGGGAUGGGAAGUGAUCCAGGCAGCAGGCGCUUUCAGCGACAUUGGACACGAGGUGGAGCGACGAUUCGCAGAGUUGCCUGAACCGAGUUUCUGCGAUAAGGUGGAUGAUCCUGAGGUGGAGACGCUACUGAGCGCCCUGGGGCGCUCCGACAACGCUGCCAGCGCCAUGAAAGUCCUGGGACCCCACGCGGGGAAGGUGAAACAAGCCAAGGAGGCAGUCACCAAGAUGAUUUCACAGCUCAGUCCACCACGUGCUCGAGUGCUGAUCCGCCAAGUGAUGCUGCCCAAGAAGGCUGGCGUUGGCUUGCAAGUCGCAGGUUUGAAGAAGAUCGUUGACCUGAGGAUCCCUGAUCCGUUGGAGCUCUACACGUAUGUCUGGCGCAAGGGUGAGUGCCAACGAGAUGUGGCAGGCAGCAUUUUGUCCAAAGUGGCCACCUCCAGCGAGUUCAAACCCGAAGAUGUGCGCAUCUACUUUGAGUACUUUGAUCGCACCGACAACCCCGACGACCAAGCGCAUGUGGCGCAGAUCUUGUUGGAUCAACUCCUCGAACAACCUGAGUGGGUGCUGCCCUACCUUCCCAAGGUAGUUUCGAAACUGGCCUUGGUGCCUGGCGCCACCCAGAAAUCCGUCUCAGCAUUGAAGACCUGCACCUCCAACGUGUCGGACGUGGUCGAGGCACUGACCACCAUCAUCAUUUGCUGUCGCUUGGCGACGCGCACAGACCCGAAGCUGAACAAAGAGGGCACCGAUGGACGAGUUUUGGCGGACUUGAUCAACCUUCAUUCCUUCAGCAACUUCUCGGAUAUCGUGAACUGCGUGGGGCGCAUGGCGGUGGACGAAUGUGAGCCGCAGACCCUGAAAGCCUUCUUGGCUGAGGUCAUGCGUCGCUGGCGCGAGGAUGCCAGCAGUGGCAACAGCAGCGCUCGCGCCUGCCUGACUUGUGCCUUGACUGUGUGGGUGAAACUGCUACGACCUGGUCAGCAGGAUACUUGGGUGAAGGAAAUCUCGGCCAUGGAAGAGCGCCUGAUGACGGAGGGAAACUUCAGCAAUUUGGACCAGUUCGCCCAGGCCUUGGCCGGAUAUGUGCCUGGCAUAGGCCUGUCUCCUGAUGAAUGGGACCAGAUGCUGGCGGUGCUGCGCGGGCUCUUCGUUCGUCUCCUGGACGGACCGUUCCUGGUGAACACGGAGGCCGCCGAGGACAAGAAGCCCUCCGACGAGACCUUCAAGAAGGAGAACCAGAGUCGCGAGACCUGCCGAUUGGAUCUGAUGGUGGAUUACUGGACCAAGUUGUUAUCCCAUGGAUGCUCCGAACAAGAGUCCAAUGAGCUCUUCAGCCGUUGUCCUGAGAAGUGGAAGGUGCGGUUGGCUCAGAGUCUGAUUAACUCCUGGUGGAAUCGGCAUCAAGAAGAUUCCGCGCGCGAGAGUAAACAGGCGGCUUUCCAGCAGGAGCGCCCUGAUGGAGGAUGGCAGCACAAGGGGGGCAAGAAAGUCUCCGAUAUUCAGGUUGGCUCCAUUGUCAGCGGCGUGGUGACCAACUCCUCCAACACCUUUGGAGUCUACGUAAACUUCGGGUGUGAGAAGGAUGGCAAGCUUUCAGUCCCAACGUCGGAUUGGAAGAAGUAUCGCGUGGGAGAUAAGGUGGAACGCAUGGUUGUGAACAAAGUCAACGUCGACAGGAAGUUUGUGGACCUGCUGGUGGUGGGCUCCAAGGGGCAAUCCAUCGGCCUUGAAGCAUCCAAACAGGUGGCCAAGAGAGCUUUGAAGUGGAUCUCCUCGAACUCUGAAUUGCGGAGCACCUUCAUGGUGACGUUGCAGAAGAUGUUAGCCAAAGUGAUCGUUGCGGGGAGCAGCGAAGAGUUUGAAGCCAACCUCACUUUGUUAGGACCAGCAUUAGAUGCCAAAGAAAGCGUCGGUUUAGUGCAGCUGGUCUUGGACGAGAAGCCAACAGCCGCCUUGGUCCGCACGGUGCUCCUGUGGCUCAGCAGGAGCUCCCCGGAUGAUGCGGUGCGUUUGUGGCCGAAGCUGAUCGCCUGCGCGGGGAAAGAGGUGCAGAGCUCGGAUUUCCAGACUGUGCUGAGUCUAUGUGAAAAACACAACUUGGAGCUGCCAAAGUUCACGCAGGCCGUGUCCAAAGCCAUGCCCCGCGAAGCGCUCAGCAGCUUGUGCGCUUCCACCCUGGCGGAGGCGCGCUUGGCCGCCAUCCACGUACUGCGUGAACAGUACAAGAGUGGUACUCCACCGGAGGACUUGCGGAAGCUCUGUAUGGACACCGUGCCGGUGGUCAAAGCCGCGGCGCGCGAUCACUGGGUAGCGCUGGGAGGAAAGGAUGAAGGCUGGCAGAAGAAGAAGGAAGCGCAAGACGACGAGGACGACGACGAUGAUGCCUGAAGGCCUGAAGUCCUUCUCCCAUCCACUGCGGAGGACAGAGGACAGGCAGUGGACUCGGUCAGGGCUGCAAGUGCCCCAAGGGAAAUCCGGGCCUAAAUCCCCA